AUCGGCGGCGGCGGCGGACGGCACGGGCGGAAGGUUAGUACUGGAACGCAGUGGUUCCGUCCAGCGCGGUCAGGAUGUCGGACGAGGAGGAGGAGGACUACAUGUCGGACACGUUUCUCAGCAAAAUACAAGAUGUAAAGCCUGGAGUGCCAAUGGCGAGGCGAGCAAAAGAGGCAAUGAGGAGAGAGGUACUGCAAAACGAAAAGAAUAUCAAGAACCGUCAGAAGACAUACAAAGAACAAGAAAACGAGAGCCGGGAAGCAGCCUUGAAUAACUCCAUUUGCAACGAAAAUAAGGGAUUUGCACUUCUGCAGAAAAUGGGUUACAAAGCUGGACAAGGCCUUGGAAAGGAGGGAGCAGGGAGAGUUGAACCAAUCCCCCUCAAUAUCAAAACUGACAGAGGUGGCAUUGGAAUGGAAGAAGUGAAGAAGAGAAAAGCCAUGGAAGAACUUGAACAUUAUCGUCGGAAAGUACGGGCCAAACAACAGAAUGAGACGAAAUCUGUGGAAGAUUUUAGGUUUAGGGUAAAAACUGAGAGAGAAGAGAGAAAGAUUGAAGGAGAUCUCAGGAGGAGUCAGCGGGCUUGUGAGCAGCUUGAUAGCCAGAAGAACAUCACCAUUCCGAGAGAGGACUGGUACUGGCCUAAGCAAGAGGCUGAGGAGGAAGAUGAUGCAAAUGAAAAGCAAGACGGGAAGGAGGAGGAGGAGGAGGAGGAGGAGGAAGAUGACAUAGUGGAAUUAACUACCCUGGAUAAGCUGCAAAUUUUGACCUCUUAUUUAAGAGGCGUCCAUUUUUACUGCAUAUGGUGUGGAACCACUUAUAAUGAUGAAGAGGACUUGUGCUCUAAUUGUCCUGGAGAUACAGCUGCAGACCAUGAAUGAGUGAUGUACAGGGUUUGGGUGUGAGGUUUACUGUUAGGUAAAGAGUGGUUCUUAUUUGUGAAUCUUGAUCAUUUUAAAUGAGACGUCUCAUGGUGUGAGAUACAUUUUUUACACUUAGCCCCUUGACGUUUGCUAUU